CGUCGCUGCGUCGCCGCUGGAGGAGGCGUUGGCGCAUCGCACUGCUGCUGCUGCUGCUGCGGAGCCACAAACCGGCUGUCCUGCACCGACACGGGGCACGCGACGGACACCGUUCACCGAUCACACCUGAGAGCAAUAAAAGAGGGAGAGAGAGAGAGAGAGAGUCGCUACGUUGAACUUGAAAAGCUUAACCCCUCACCAGCUUCGACAUGAUCAAGAACGGACACCACCUCCACCACCACCACCACCAAGUGAACACCGCGGCCGGUAAAGACACCGACACGACCCCCGCCGCUGCGGCUUGCAGUCCCGAGAAGAGGAGGAGGAGAAUCCGGCUGUGGUGCGAUGGCUGCUAUGACAUGGUCCAUUAUGGCCACUCCAACCAGCUGCGACAGGCGAAGGCCAUGGGAGAUUACCUCAUCGUUGGAGUACACACAGAUAGCGAGAUUGCGAAGCACAAGGGUCCGCCAGUUUUCACCCAGGCAGAAAGAUACAAGAUGGUGCGCGCCAUUAAAUGGGUGGACGAGGUCGUGGAAGGAGCGCCUUACGUCACCACCCUCCAGACCCUCGACAAGUACAACUGUGACUUCUGUGUGCACGGAGAUGACAUAACACUAACAGUGGACGGGAAAGACACAUAUGAAGAGGUGAAGAAGUCAGGGCGGUACAGGGAGUGUAAGCGAACCCAAGGAGUUUCCACCACGGAUCUGGUGGGCAGGAUGCUGCUGAUGACCAAAGCACAUCACAGCAACAUUGAUAGUUCAGACUAUCAGCAGCACACAGACAACUUUGGAAAGGGGUCACAUGGUCAGAAGGGCCCCAGUCCCUGGACGGGAGUGUCUCAGUUCCUGCAGACCUCACAGAAGAUCAUCCAGUUUGCUUCAGGCCAGGAGCCUCAACCCGGAGACACCAUCAUCUAUGUGGCGGGAGCCUUUGACCUCUUCCACAUCGGCCACGUGGACUUCCUCGAAGCAGUGCACAAGCUCGCCGAAAAGCCAUACAUCAUAGUCGGGUUGCACUUUGAUCAGGAGGUGAACCGCUACAAAGGGAAAAACUACCCCAUCAUGAAUGUCCACGAGCGAACACUCAGCGUCCUGGCUUGUCGAUAUGUGUCGGAAGUGGUGAUUGGUGCACCCUUCGCAGUCACAAAGGAUUUGCUGGAACAUUUCAAGGUGGACCUUGUAUGCCAUGGGAAAACAGAAAUAUACCCUGACAAGGAUGGCUCCGACCCUUACGCUGAGCCGAGGAGGAAGGGGAUCCUGCGUACCGUUGACAGUGGGAACGGUCUUACUACGGAUGCAAUUGUGCAGAGGAUAAUCAAAAACAGGUUGCUCUUUGAAGCAAGGAACCAGAAGAAAGAGGCCAAAGAGAUCGCUGUGAUCCAGGCCAUGAGGCGACAAGAGGAGGAGAAGACUAAAGAAAGAACCCAGGCCGUGCUGUAGGAAGGCCCGCCCCCAAGAUAUGCACUUAGUGUCGACGUAACAAUGAAAAAAUUAAUCUAAGCUCGUGUACAGUAAAAAUCAACCCUUUUCUAUGCGUUAUUACACCGUCCCCACGCGAUCCUGGCUCGUAACGGCACUCCUUACAGCAGCGCGUUUGAAGCCAGGGCGGCGUAGUCCGCCGCGGGGUCAUCAGGUAUACCGCAUUGGUACUCGUGUGCGGUUGUGUGUGUGUGUGCGUGGGGAUCGUCUGUGUGUUCAUAUAUUCGGCAUAUGCAAAUACAUUCAGUUCAUGUGAGUCAUCAAUCAGACAUACAGGUGAUUGAGGUUAUAAACAUAAGAAAGUUGGAGCGAGGCAGAUAUAACGUCUCCAAAUGUCUAUUUUAUCUCUCUGGAUAUUUUUUUACUUAUAAAUCACUUUUAUUUAUUUUUUGCCUUCAGAAAUAUAAAAAUCUAAGUAAAUUAUUUUGGGAUUUGGACAUACAAGGGGUAAAUUGUGGAUACCUUGAGAUGCUGAUCAGCCUUUCACCUGUGAACAGAAAGUGAUUUGAUAAGUUGCUUCUAAACCGUUGGGCUGCUUUCUGUCAACCAUUGGAUGUAACCGCACAAUUGAUCUAUGUAUGUACUGUAUGUAUUACAAAUGAAUCAUAGGACUUACGGAGGACACUAAAACCACGAGGGAAUCCCCCCUGCUCCUCUGCGUCCAACCUGCAGGGCCUGGAUGUGAUGUCUUUUGGGGCCGCAUAUAAAUUUGCUCUGGAAAGGAUCAGAACUGUCCUGUAGAGCAGGUUUUUAACUCCUAAAUGACCUGUACUCUUGGCCUUCUGAGUGGAGUUGUAUUAUUUUUUUAACCAACAUUACUUAGCUUUUAUCCUAAUAUAGAGAAUACUACUGAGUUUUAACAGGCUGCGUUAAAGUUUUCAUGCUAUAACAAUGACAAAUGGUCAGUGUGGUUGACUUGAUCAUGAAAUAGACCUCUUACUGUAAUUGAGCCUUGAGCAAAAUAUCUUCUGUCUCUGUAUCAAAUGUGAUUAAAUAAUAUAUUUUUUGUAGAUCAGUAUUUUACUCCCCUCCUCUCCAUUAACUACUGUAUAGAUUCAUAUUGUGUAAAAAGGCAUUAUAAUAUAUCUGUAUGUCAAGUAGGAAUGUAUUCAUUGUAAGCUAUCAUGUAGAUGUUAUUGACAACUCCCAAGUUGAUGAAUACAGUACAAUACUGGUAUGACCACAGUAUAUUGCUGAUAAUAAUAACCUUUUUGUCUGAAAGACUAUUUGUCAUAUUCUUUUCCCUAACACUAAAAAUAUCUGUGUUUGGGAGUAUUACAGUCUUAUUGAGUUCUUAAGGAAUUGACCUAACCAUGUAAGCUAUGCUUUAAUUACACGAUCAAAGGUUAGGGUUAGGGUUAGUUGUAGAGACGUUUAAUCAGAGAAUUUUUUUUUUUUUUACCUAAGUGAAAGUAGCAAAAACACCAUAAAAUUGUCUUCCCUUAAAUCGAAAAGUCCUGCAUUCGAAAUCUUUCAAAACAUGAUAAUGUUUAAGAAGUGAACCGGUAUGACUGCAUGUAAAUGUAAAAAAAAAAAAUAA